AUAUUAAAAGGCAAGCAUUCUGAGAAAUAAAGAGUGAGUCUAUGGGAAUGGGAGGAGUAAAAAAAGUAAAAGAAAAAAAAGGGGAAAAAAUCACUCCACCUUUUAGGACUUAGGUCAGGUUUCGCAACUGUAAAUGCAUUUGCAGGUCAGGAAAUUGUAGUGUGUAAAACACUUUUUUUGUAAGAAUUCUUUGUAUUUGGAUUUACACAACUUAAAGUUGUUUAAUUAUAGCCAAGGGUAUUCACAGGAUAAUCACAGAAUAAUAAGGAUGUCACAGAGGGGCAGGAUUUUAAUUAAAGGAGGUAAGGUGGUGAAUGAGGAGCACUCUGAGCUGGCUGAUGUGCUUAUAGAGGAUGGGGUGAUCAAGGCAGUGGGAUCCGAGCUGCAGGUGCCGGAGAGCGGGACUCGGGUGCUGAAUGCAAGCGGGAAACUGUUGCUGCCUGGAGGAAUCGACACACACACACAUAUGGAGCUGGAGUUCAUGGGCACUGUGGCAGUGGAUGAUUUCUGCUCAGGGACCAAGGCCGCUGUAGCGGGUGGAACCACCAUGAUUCUCGAUUUUGUCAUCCCUCAAAAAGGAGGAUCUCUGCUUGAGGCGUAUGACAGAUGGAGGAGGAUUGCUGAUGCAAAAGUGUGCUGUGACUAUUCCCUCCAUGUCGCUGUUACCUGGUGGGACGAUAGCGUAAAACGAGAGAUGGAGACUCUUGUUCGAGGGAGAGGGGUAAACUCCUUCAAGACAUUUAUGGCGUAUAAAGAUUUGUUCAUGCUGCGUGAUGAUGAGCUCUAUGCAGUUUUCUCUCACUGUAAAAACAUCGGAGCCAUCGCACAAGUCCACGCUGAGAACGGAGAUCUGAUUGCAGAGGGGACCAGGAGAAUGCUUUCUUUGGGAAUCACUGGACCCGAGGGCCAUGAACUUUGUCGCCCUGAGGAGGUGGAAUCAGAGGCCACACAGCGUGCCAUCACCAUCGCCAAUACUGUUAACUGCCCUCUGUAUGUGGUUCACGUCAUGAGCAAAUCUGCUGCAAAAGUGGUGGCUACCGCUCGCAGGAAUGGGCGAGUGGUGUUUGGUGAGCCCAUAGCCGCUGGCCUUGGUACUGAUGGUUCUCAUUACUGGCACAAGGACUGGGCACAUGCUGCAAGUUUUGUUAUGGGACCCCCGCUUAGGCCAGACCCCAGCACACCUGGUUACCUCAUGGACCUCCUCGCUAAUGAUGAUCUGAGUGUAACUGGGACUGAUAACUGCACGUUUUCCACUUGCCAAAAAGCCCUGGGUAAAGAUGACUUCACGAAAAUUCCUAAUGGUGUUAACGGUGUGGAGGACCGCAUGUCUGUCAUCUGGGAGAAAGGAGUGCAUAACGGCAAAAUGGAUGAAAAUCGAUUUGUGGCAGUCACCAGCAGCAACGCAGCCAAAAUCUUCAACCUCUAUCCACAGAAAGGGAGGAUUGCCAAAGGCUCUGAUGCAGACCUGGUCAUUUGGGACCCAAAUGCUACAAGGGUGAUUUCAGCUAAGACACACCACCAGGCUGUGGAUUCUAACAUCUUCGAGGGCAUGGAGUGCCACGGCGUUCCUCUGGUGACCAUCUCCGGAGGCAGAGUGGUGUAUGAAAAUGGUCGUGUGUUGGCUCAGCCUGGGACAGGCAGGUUUAUUCCUAGAAAGCCCUACUCUGAUUUUGUGUACAAGAGAAUAAGACAAAGGGAUGAGGUUGGGAAGCCCAGUGCCGUGGCCAGGACACCCUAUAAAGGAGCAAUUAUUUCUACAACAAAAUAAAAUUUCUACUGAAGUUUAAAGACAAUCAUUGCUGAGAACUUGCCAUGUAACCCAAAAAAAACUUAGAUUUAAAGAUUUUAAAAUUGACAUACAGUACAGUUUAAAAGUCAAGAUAAAAAGUGUUGGCCUGUGUAAAUUGUAUACUGCUGAAAGUUGGUUAAUGAUUUUUUUUAAAUGUUAUGCAGAUAAUACAAAAAAUGUGUUAAAUGUGCUAAAGAAGCUACUUCUUAAGUUUAUGCAACAUGGAAGUGACCAAUCUUGAUUCCCUUAAACUUUUUAGGUUGUUAACUUCAGCCGUUUUUUUUUUUUUUUUUUUUUUUUUUAGAGAUUUCUUUUUGAGUAUUGAUAUUAAAAUUAAUGUGAGCUUCUAGAAGCAUAUGACCUAUAAAAAUUGUUUCCUAAAUCAAAGCAUUCCGUUUUUUUGGUAAAAGCUUUAAAAGCAAAAAAUCUGUAGUGUCUGUAACCAUGUCAAAUUUAUGUUACAAUAUCUUAACAAUUUAGCAUUUUAGAAUAAUACACUUUUUAAGGUUUCUGUCUUUCCAUAUAAAAUCUAAACUUGGCCAAGUUUCAUUUGAAUAACAAUUAAGAUCAUUCAAGAUUUUAAUUGAAAGAAGAAAAAAAAAACACUACGGACACAAAAGUAAAAAAAAAAAAAAAAAGUACAUAAAAUUGUAUUUAGCAAGUGUCUUUCUUUGUAUCUGAUAAAUGUUUUUGCAUAUUCACAAAAAAAAAAAAAAAACAACCAAGGCAUGGAUCAUGAAAUAAACAUUAAGUAUUAUAAAAACAUGGUCUUAUAUGAUCCUAUCUGAAGAUUUACUUUUUUAGUACCAAUAGAUAGCAUGUUUUAGCGGUAAGCAAUAUAUAACAUAAGAGGGAGUGCUGUUGUGUUGGUUAUCAGUGCGGAGGCGAUGCAGUCAUAGUCAAAGUGCUGAAGACAUUAAAGCUGUGCUGAUAUUUAUUACAGCACAACCUCGAGUGUGAUAUUGCUUUUAUACAACUUCCAACUUAUUACCAAGAGAUUAUGAAUUGUUUUUUGCUAAAAGUUUGCCCGUGGCUGGUUAUUUUGUGUGUUGUUUUGGCAUGUAGCUACUGACCUACUUUCACCCAUGUUGUGACAGACAGUUAGUGUAAUUAACGAUUAUAGACCACAUGUGACAUGGGAGUGAAACAUAUAGCAGAACAUUCCCGUGCUGUAACCGGCCAUUAUCAUCACUCGCGGAAUUUUUCUCAACCAUUCAGAAUACUAGGUCGGAAGUAAUAAGAUUUAGAAUUAAGACGUUAAUGACUAACGCUGUGUACUCUAUGUUCUGAUUAAAUCAAUCUGAUUGUAUCUGAUCAUACACUAUCAUGGUAUCAGUACAAGGCAAUGAGCAUGCUCAGAUAGUUACACGAUAUCAAUAUCAGUACAUCUGAUAUAGAAUGCAUGACUGUGUGCGUCAAGAUAUAGUGUGAGAAAUCAAAUUCUUUUUAUAUUUCGUCUGCCUUCAUCAGUCUAUUUUCAGCAGAUCCCCACUGGCUCAGCACUGACUGAGAUACACACACACACAUACACACACACUAUGAAUCACCUCUAUGAUUCAUAGAAACCUACAGACACGAAUUGCUGUUUAUUGGAUCCUCAACAAAAACGCAACUCGUAAGACUAUCUGACACCGGUUGUUGCAACGGCUUGUGAUUUAUAAUUUCAUCCUUUUGUCUUUAUGUAAACAAGAAGAGGUUGCUUUGCUGCAACACACAAUAACAUUAUUCCUUAUUGAUUUUGGUGCCAAGUGGCUGUGCCAGAUACUGAGCAAGUGUUUCAUCAUAUUUUGUCGUGUUCCUUUAGGUAAUGCCGUAGAUGCAAGUUUUCACCUCUUUGCUGCAUUUUCUGUCUUUAUCUGGGCCAGGCUUCAUUUUUAAUAUGUUUUAAUUAUUAAAAGAUGCAGGCUAGGGUACCUCAAAGUGUUCAUUUAUUCAUCAUAAAUCUUAUGAUUUCUUUUUUUUGUGAAAAAGCAAAAAUGAUUGAAUUGUACUGAAACUAACAAAACAAUAUUUGUGUUAAAUUGUACACUGGUGGCCAAAAGUAUUAACACAACAUGCUAUUAUUAUUAUUAUUAUUAUCAUUAUUAUUAUAGCUCUUCCUGUACACAAACAGGUGAUUUAACUAAUUUGGCGAUUUCACAGAAAUAGCCUUUUAUGCAAUAAAAAACAUUUGCCCCCUUUCCUGAAUUUUUUUCCCAUAUCUGUCACUCCUGAGAAUUUUAAUAUUAAACAAAGAUAACCCAAGUAAACACAAAAUGCAGUUAUUAAAUGAUUUUUUUUUCAGUUAUUAAGGGGAAAAAAGUAGUCCAAAACUACUUGGCCCUAUGUGAAAAAGUAAUUGCUCCCUUGCUAAAUCAAAAAUGAAGUGUUCACCACAGUUCCACGGUUUCUCUGUUUGUCGAUAAUGUCUCUCUCAGUGGUUCGCUGGCGUCCCUAAGACUUACUGUGGCAAGGCUUUGUAAUCUGUUCCAAGCUGAUACACACAAGUUAAUUAUUUUGUUUCCUAUUUGUUUGGAUCAUGUUGUUUUCCUAGAUCUUUACUAGUAGUCAGGCCCGGGUGUGGGAGGUGAAAUUUACCUCAGCUUUCCACAAAUCACACUUAAUAAUAAAAUGAUAAUGAAAUCACUAUUUAAAAACUGCAUCUUGUGUUUAUUUGCGUUAACUCUGUGUAAUAUUAACAUUAGUUUGGUGAUCUCAGUAACACACUAUAAGUGUCACAAAUUUCAAAAUUUCAGGCAAAUACUUUUUCAUGGCACCGUAUCUGACUGAAGAGUUGUACUAAUUAACUUGAAAAUGAAUGGAAACCUGGCUAUGUGACAAUAGUAUUCAGAUUUUAAAAGAAAUGGCCUCUAGACCUCAUUCCGACAUAAAUCUUUUGGACAAUGAUGAAGAAGGCAGAAGCAGACCAACACCGUCUUCUAGACAUGAUCUUCAGGAACAAAUCAAGCAGACAUGGAUUAAGCGAAUGAAACCAGAGUACUGCAGAUGUCUUUUGACUCUAUGUCAAGUGGGAAUUUCUUUUUAAAUAAAGGACUUCAUACUAAAUGUUGAUUUUUCUGUGGAUAUUUAGCCUACUUGUGUAAAAUGACCAAUUUAUUUUUAUUACCGUGUUUGUCAUUAUAAAAGAAA